AGGGGAGUGUGACGUCAUAGAGGCGGAAGUGGAGGGCUCCACGUGGGCGCGGGCGAGCAGAGCGAUGGGCAAAGCGAGGAGUCCGGCGCCCACGCCGCGGGGAGGACAAAUGAAGAAGAAAAUUGACUCAAAGCCCAAAUGCUUAGAUGACCAAGAAAUUCCAUAUCGAUUGCGGGAAAUUAUGAAGAGUCGUGAGGAAUUAAAGAAACCUAAGACCAAGAAGAAAAAGAAACUGGUGAACAAAGAAACACCUGAUGUACCAGACAGCAACAUACCAGUGCCGAAAUUCAGGAGAAGGAAAGGGGAGGCAGCUGCUUCCUAUAUGCGGCGCAUGGAGCGGGAGACUCAACACGUGUGGUAUCUCACCAAAAACCAGCUGCAGCGUGAACCUGAGAAAGAAGAAGUCGUCCAGAAAAAGUCUCAGAAGAAAAAAGAAUUUCAACAGAAGAAGAUGGAUAAAAUCCGUAAGCAAAAAGAAGAGAAAAAAGCAGAAAUGCUGGAGAAGGAAUUAUUCAAAGAUUCUGUGAAGUUUGGAGACUUUGCCUUACAACCCCCAACACUUACAGCAAAACCCAAAAAGAGUAAAGACAAGGCUGGCCAGAGACAGCUUCUGCUCACAUCUCUUUUCAGCUCUGGUAGUAAAGCAUCCACCCCAAAAACAACAUAUUCAUCUCUUGCUCGCCAAAGGAUUGUGCAAGAGGAGCGAGAGCGGGUUGUGAAAGCUUACCGGGACAUAAAGAAACAGAAGCAGCAGCAGAAGUUACUGACUGACAGCAAGCUUGUUAUGGACAAACUGAAGAAUCCAGCUUGAGCUGUUGGACAAAUACAAGGACAAAACAGCAGGAAAGACUGUUGUGGAUCACAGCAGUUUCUUUUUGGUUGGCUGUACCCAACCAUUGGGACAAACAGACUACUUUGUACAUGAUGGACAGCUGCAUUGCUUAUUGAACAAUGCCUGUUGCUUCUGGAAGUGGAGUGGAUUCCCUGUGAAGCAUUUCUCUCAGCCCAGUGUGAAGACUGCACCCAUUCAUUUCCUUUGUGGUAAUUGCCAAUGGCGAGGAAGCUGAAGAGGACGAUGCUGAUAUUUUAAAGUGUACAUGUAUUCUUUCUAUUAAAACAUAUAUUUAAAAAGUUAUGCUUUCCAGGGUGUUUUCUGGGUCUGAAAUAGCUUGGUAGGCAUGGCAAAAUGUCCCCAGCUUUUAAGGAAUGUGAAAAAGAGUGUUUUAAGUUUUAAAAUCCCAUUUAUUUCUCUCCCAAGAAGCUUUGGGGCUUCAAAACAGCCUGGCUUGGAGCAUGGGGUAUACUUUUGCCCCUUCCACUAGCAAAUGGUAAUUCCUACAUGCAGUGCAGAAAUUGAUAUGAUGUGAUCACGCUGUCCAACAUCCCAAAGUAUGUUUUGUUACUUGCCAUGUCUUUGAAAUUGAUAGUGUAUGUGUCGACAUCCAGGUGUUUUUUUUUAUUACAGCUGUCAUAACUGCCACUAUAUAGCUAAUGUGGUACAGCGGUUUGAGAGUUGGACUAUAACUCUGGAGACUAGAGUUCGACAUUCCCGAUCAGUCAUGGAAAUAUACUGAGUGGUCUUGGGCAAGGUCCUCUCUCUCAGCUUCAAAGGAAGGCAAAAGCAAACCUCUGAAUCCAUCUUAUCAACGAAACCCCUAUGAUGGGCUUGAAAACCUAGGAGGGAAACAACUUGAAGGCACACAAUAAGAAUAGACCCUCACUGUGGGUUAUGCUAGAUAGGGCUGAUGGAAAUUUAGGCCAAAUACAGCUGGGGAACCACUGUUGCUCACUCUUGGCUGAGAAAGGUCUCAGGAAACAGUUCUCCCCUUGAAUGUUGGUACAUUUCUUGGUUUGCAUUUGUUUUCUUCCUUCCUGCAAGGAAGAAAGCAUCAAUCAUCCAGCCUUUCUGAAUCUGAAAGAGAAAAACAAAUUUGCUGAGAUCCAUGCUGUAUCCCUCUUUAGACUAUUGUUUCUGAUUUCAAAACCAGGGACAGUAAAGAAAUGCUGAUACCAUUGGACCUUCUGUGCUUACCUCAUGCAAGAUAAUGCUAUUGUUAGCAUUAUCUUGCAUGAGGCAAGAUAAUACUCCCUCUCUUCUGCUUAUUAAAAAGUGAUCCUUGAAAACAUU